AUGAAUUCGAUUUCACUAGAAAAUCUUGAACUUGAAAGCUACAGUGUGAUAUUAGAGGGUAAUACCUAUAUUGAUAAUUCUGCUUCAAAAUAAAAUGGAAUCAUCAACAUAAUAAAUGCGAAGAAGCUCUCAAUACAAAACGAGAGAUAUUACCAAAACACUGAUGCAUUCAGAUAAAAAUCUACAGCUCUUGCUACUAAUAUUUGUUAAGACUACUUAGAAUAAGAAAUAAAUGAAGAAAAGACAAUAGCAGACAUACAAAAUGAUAUUGAUUUAGCAUCUUCGCUUCUAAGAAUUUAAAGCUCUAGAUUUGUCUAAAUAAAUUCAAUCAGUUUUGAUUCGAAUUAUUUGAUUGAGCCUCAAUCAAAUAUUAAUAGAGCUUAGGCAAUACUUCUUACUGAUAUAGUAGGCAUCAUAAACAUUCAUGCUAUUAACUUCAGGUAAAUGAGAGGACCAAUUCAAUGGCUUUAAUCAGAAUAAAUAGCUGAAAAUGAUGGUUAAAACUCAAAUCUAAUUGAUGGCAGUCUGCUAAGUAUAAUUCAAACAAAUAAUAAUACAUAUUAGCUAAAAAAUAGCAGUUAUGAUAAUUGGUAUUUAGAAAAUAUAGCUUUUAGAUAGAACACAUUAUCAAACUCUGGAAGCUUGAUCGGUAUACCAAUAAAAUCUAUGCUAGCAUAAUCUCAAACAAAAUUUAACAAUUUCACAGUUACCAAUUUAUAAUGCAUAGAUUGCAGUAGGCCUUUGAUUUCAUCAAAUACUUCUGAUGUCUACUUUAAUCAAUCUGAAUUUAAUGAUAUUGAUUUCUAAAGUAUCUUGUUCCAAGAAUAAUAGGGAAGUUUAAUUAGGAUUGAAAAUAUUGAUAGCAUUAAUUUAACUAUUGAAAAUAGCCAUUUCGAAAAUAUAUAAACCGAUUCUUUCACUAAUUUACAUUUGAUUUCUGGUGCUUUUGAUUUCGAAUAUAUGGCAACUAUUACACUAUUGAGUUCAUAGUUUUUAAAACUUAAUUUCAAUUAAUCAGAGGGAUCAAUCAUUGGAAUAUAGAGUGGCUAGAUACUAAUCUUAAAUGCAAUUCAAUAGAUCAUAGACUCAUUUAUAAAUACGUUUGAAUCUAGUUAUAAUGGAGGAAUUAUUAAUCUUUACACUCCAAGUGCCUCACUGUAGAUUAAGAAUACUCAAAUUAAUAAUAUUCAAACUAAUGGAAGUGCUCCUUUUUAAAUAGUAUCCUAGGAUAAUAUCAACAUUUAAGUUAGCAGCAAUACUAUAAUCAAAAAUGUAGUUGGUGGAUAGGAUGGAGGAAUAUUCUAUGUAUCGACUAGACUUCUUGAAUUAACUAUUUCAGACUCAGCCAUAAAUUAGAUAUUUACAAAUAGAAGUGGUGGGGUAGUUUAUAUUUAUCCGAAUGAUUAUUACUCUGGUGGAGUAUAAUUGCUAAACUCGUAAAUUGGUGAUAUAUAUGCUGAUUAAGGUUCUAUCAUCUAUUUCAAUGCAUCAUUAGUUGCGCAUGACUCAUAAUAGUAACCAUUUAUUGUAGAGUCUAUUGGUAACAUUUACGAAUUCUUCAACCAUUAAUAUACUGAAUGGAUAUAGCAAAAUUUUCCAGAGCAAAUAAUUUAACAUAUUUUUCAAACUUUGGAAUGGGAAAUGAAAACACAAUUAGCAACUCUUAGAUAAGAGGUGUAAAUUCCAAAUAAAAUUAACUUUAAAGUCCAAACAUGA